UAUAGGGAAGGUGCUGUUGUUAUCCCCAUUUUUACAGAUGGUGAAAACUGAGGCUGAAAGAAGAUGACCUGCCCAGUGUCCCACAGUCCAUAAAUUUCUGAAGCAGCAAGACCUGAGUUCAAAUCCAGCACUCUGUUAACUAUGCCAUCCAAACACAACAUUCCAUGAUCUGUGUAUACUUAUGACAGUAUGAAUUUGAUUAAUGUAUAACAGUUCUAAUCAUAAAGUACAGAUCUACAAGUUUUUAAUAAUAGCUUAUGGAUAAAAUUAUAGCAGUUCUCUCCCUUCAACAGGAAAACAGGGAAAUGUUGGAUCUUGUUGCUUUAGGGUCUUUUCCAGCUCUAAUAUUCUGUGAUCCUCUGGAAAUACCUUAUAUAUCUUAGAGUUACCUAUCACUACCUCUGACUCCACCCUUAUGGCCAAGUAGCAAAUUUCCUUCUCUGCCCAAGAGCAAUAAAACGUUCAGUGUACAAGUGUUGCUAUAGCAACUUCUCAGCUGGUGUUGUCUGCCCAGUGGAAAUUCACAAGUAGUUGGUGUGUGUAUGUAUUCACAGAAUCUCCAUUCACCUGAAUAAAAUACUAGAUUGAGUUUAGGGUUUUUUUUUCCUUUCUUUUCUUUUCUCUUCUUUUUCCCCUAAGCAGAUUAAAAAAAAAAAAGAACUUGUCAGCCCAAGGAAGACUCAUCUUUUUUACUAAGACAAGAAAACUCCAGUCUGUCAAGCAGCAGAGUCAACAGAUAAAAUACAGAACAUGGAUGAAAUUUAUAAGAUCGCCUCCACAGAGAGGAUCCAGCAGUUGGAAAAAGAACUAGAGGUUCAGUUGGCUGAACUUAAAGCAGAAAUACAAGAACAUGGAGCUCUUAAGAGAUCACCCCAUUGGCCUUACAGCUCUAUCAGGUUACCAAAGGACGUUUCUUACUUUAGGAAAGAGAGGGAACUGGCAUUGAGGAAAAGCUUACAGGUGGCUGAAUCAAAGCCCCUUGUUGUUCAAGCAAAUGUCCUGCAGAGGGAGCUAGAAAGCUGUUUAAGGAAAGAAUAUACAGUUGAAAACUUACCUUUGCUUUUGCACCAGGCUUCUGAUCCAUCUUCGUAACAUGAACAUAGGCUGCUGGUCAAUGUUAAUAUGUGGUUGUUUAAAGAGAGAAUUACCCAGUUGGUCCAGAGCAAAUACUUACACAUGCUUAGAUGGAAGAGGUUCUGCCAGCAUAGCAGCAUCAUGGAACAACUUUAUCCUCUUUACCAGGAGCAGGUUGGGCACAUUAUGCAGGAGUACAAUGAUGCUGUUCAGAGAGCUGAGAGGCUGGCUGUUGCCAGAGAAAACUUACUCACUGGAAAGAACAGUCCUGGGCACCUGGUAACACAGGAAGAUCUGGUUAUCUAUACCAAGUGGCUAGUAUGUCACCUACAUUCACUUAGAGACAUUCACAGCUACCUGAGGGUGUUACUGUACCUGCCCAGAUCUGAUAGGUUGGAAGUGGCUGUACAGGAACACCCUGAGGUGGGUCAAGAAAAUGGAGAUGUGUACACUAGACAUGUAGCCCCUGAGUCUCUGUCUGCUGACAACCAGAAUUCUGGCUAUCCAGCUUCUUCAGAAACCAGCACUUCAGGGUCAGUCAGAAAAGAAGCUACCACUAUUCUGCCCCACCAUAAAACAGAAGCCGUAGAACUGAAGCCUCAGCUAGGACUCCUUCUGCCUCAUUUCAACAUCUGCUACAACAUAGAGGAUCUAAAGAAUUCUGCUGAUGAGAUGGAGCUCUUUUCCCUGGUACUGGAAAAACUCUGUAUCUAAAAGAGAAGUGUGGAAGCAAGACUGGAGUCCAAGGAAGAGAAAGUGCUCCAAGAGAGUCCCCCCCACAGAGGGGUCCAAAGAGAGAGAGAGAGCUGUUUCCAUAGUCCUUAUAGACCACAGAAGGGGAGAUUCCUCCAACAAGGAGCCUUUCCCCACUGACACUGUCACUCCCAAUCAUCUUCAGCACAGCCCUAGUCAGUGGGAACCAGUCAGAAAUUUCCUGUGCCAUCCCAGCAAGAUGUAUGUCUCUUUGGAAGGGUCCAGAGCACAUGUCUAGCUCCUUGGGAGGUCCUCCAGCUCUAUAAAUUAGGGAUUUCCUUUAUCACUCCAUUAUACAGGGGAAAAAAUAUAUAUAGUUAAUUAAAAACAUUAAACAUCAGUGCAAACAACAAAAUUUAUUUAGCUGCUAUUUAAAUUUAAAUGAUUUUCAUGCAUAAAAUAUCAUAACAUUGUUCAUCAUUCCCUCUGAGUCUCCAUUUAGGAUUUUUAAGGAUUCCUGCUCUCACUACUUUUACUUGGUAUAGUAUGAGGAAAUUCUAUCAACUGUAAUGAGACAGGGGAAAUAUACGAACAAGAUUAACUUUAGAAAAAAAGAGGUCAAAAUAUCAUCUGCAGAUGACAUGAUGGUGUUACCUAGAAAAUCAAUCGCCUCAGCUCAAAGGCAUUUUAGAAUACAAUGUUUGCUAUUGUCCGAGAACCUGGUAAACCAAUGGUCACUUUUUCAAUCACCAAAUUUCUGACACUUCCUCUGGGACUCUCACCUCCCUUUCCCUGUCCAUUUUAAGUUGUUCAGAAGUUUCAGAGCAUAUUCUGUGAACAACAGAGAUGGAAAAUACUUCCAGCCUAUGAUGUCAAGGUGGCUAAAGUUGAAAACCGGAAUUUAUUAAAACCCAGCAUGGCUUUUAAAAAGACAGCCAACUGGAUUCCCUUCACAAAGAUUAAGCCAGAACGUGAUCCUUGGCAGCAGAAGCUUUUGACCAAACUAAAAGAACGAAACAGAAUCGAUGCAUUGAUGCAACUGUACACAAAGUUUUUGAAGGUUUCCAACCCACUGCGAGUGAUGGAGGCACUGCAGGCUCAUGCAUCAGCAGCCGUGGAGCCAGCUUCACCACUUCAUUCCUUUGUGAAUCCCCAGGGUAUGGAUCAGUGCACCUAUGAUCGAAUCUGGGAGGAAAUUUAUAGCAACAUCAACCUUCGCCAGGGAGAAAAUACUGAGGAGGAAGAUCUUUCCAUGGAGGGCAAUGGCACCAAUGGACCCCAAAUUAGUCCCAGCCAUUGUGCUGGGGAACCUUCGAGGAAGAAGAAACAAACAGGGUCCAGAGCACUCAAUUCAUGGAAUUCUCAGAAGUGGAAAAAUCAGGAUGACUUCUACACAAUGGGAGAUGGAUACAUCCAUGUCCAGGACCAGCAGGGAGCUUAUGUGAUGUACGACCGUGCCUUACAGGAUCUGGAGGAACUGGAGAACCAGCUACUGCUCCUAGUGAGCCGUUACAUUGAGAGAGAGAAAAGCCAUAAAAAGGGCAGUGAAUCCAGGGGCAGCAGCCUCCCAGCAUGGGCCCAUGCAAGCGUGGAUCGAUUUGCAAUUCUGUUUGACAUCUGGACUUGGGAGGCUGCUCUUCUGGAAAACAAAUGCCAGAAUGAAACUCAUCAGUCACUGCCACGAGCACAAUGAACUUGGCUCUGCUGUAGCCAGAAGGUGAUCCAGGGACAGGGACUGAGCAUGCUGCUGGGAGAGGUCUGAAUGUUCCUCAUGGUGCCUGCACAGUUGCUGCUGUGGCUGUCAAGAUAACACUUCUUGACAGUUACUUUGAAGCUUAUCAACAUGUCUUUGAUCAGGAAGAGAGAACUGCCUUGGCACGAGUGAUGACGGACAUCAU